AAACUCUAUUUCAACUCUAAGAUGAUAGAACUUCUUUUCGCAAAGAUAGUUUUAUAUUUAAACACAUGAACAUAUUAAUUAUAAUCCAUUCAUUUCAUAUUUAAUCAAAUUAACAUUCAAAUUUGUUUUUCUAAAGCAUUUUUACAUAGAUCUAGAAAUCUAGAUCUACAUUCGAUCGCCAAUGUUUUCAUAAAAAAUUGAAUUCAGGUCAAUUAGCUAUUUUUAGCUCCAUUCAUAAUAUUUUUUAUUCACGAAUUCACGCAUUCGCUUUACUUAUAACAUUAUUAUUUUCGUUUCUAGUGUUAAUGUUUCAGUAAUUAUAUCAGCAAUACGCAAGUUAAGACUCCCGGGCAGCGGGUAAUAUCUGUCUAGUAUAGAUAUAAUAUAAACAGAGAGAGUCCCAAAGAUCUAGACUUAGACUCUAGUGUCUCUAGUGAGUCUAGUGACUAGCACUAGUCUAGCCCUAUCAUAUUCAUAUAACUAGUGAGUGACUAGUGACUCGAAUCUAGAUCUUGAUCUAUAUCACUUAUCAGCUAUAAACAUGAAGUUCAAAACCGUUUAUGAGGGUCAGCAGGCUGUAGUUUUAAACCAUCUUGGACAAGGAAAACUUGUAAUUGGGCCAGAACGACUCUUCCUUUUCCGUGAAAGGUUUUAUCAGUUAAGAUCAAACACAGCUGACAGAUUUGGUUAUAUUGCUAUCCAAGAGAACAGUGGAUCAAUUAUCCACAAACCAGGACCAUGCCAGAUAUUUCACAAUAUUUUGGAGUUUAGAAAUUGCGAGUCUAAAAAUGCAUUAUGUAUAGACGCCAAUCAUGUUCUGGUUGUUUACAAACGACUGAAAGGGGGAGAAGCUCAGAGACGGAUUAUACAGGGACCUGCAGUGUUCAUUCCUGAUGCAGAAGAAUGGGCUCAUGAGUUUGUCUGGCAUGGAGCAGAUCCAGAAAAUAAAACUAGGAUGCUUCCAGGUUCUAACAAGUUUACUCAGCUGCCUAUAAUACCUGAUAACUUUUAUUAUAAUGUGCGAGAAGUUCGAACAAGUGAUGACACCAUGUUGACUGUUAAAGUCAUGCUUUUCUAUGAAAUUGUUGACAUACUAAAGAUGUUAGAUGCCACACAUGAUCCAAUAGCAGAUUUAAUCAAUGCUUUGUGUGCUGAUGUAAUUUCUUUUGUUGGACCCCUGACGUACCAACAGUUCAUUGAGAAAACUAGUCAACUCAGUAGCUUAGACACAUACCCACAUCUACAACAAAGGGCAGAGAGAAUUGGGUUCAAAGUUGAGAAGGUUGUUUUCAGGGGCUAUCAUGCUUCAGAUCAGUUGCAAGAGAUGCAGAACACAGCCAUAGAGUCUCACACCCAACUGAGGCUGCAGCGGGAAAUAGAAGAACAAGAACAGAAACUUGUCAACUUCAAACUGAACCAGAUGCAAAAAAGAAGUGUAAUACAACAAAGUAUGCAGUUGAAAAGACAACUCCACCAGCAGAAAAUAGCAGAGUUAACACAGAAACAUUUGUUAGAAAAAGAAAAGCUAACUUUGAAUCAUAAGUUGGCAUUGUCUUCCAUGGAAAUUAAAGUGAAUGCAGAAAUCAAAGAAGCUGAAGAUAGCCAGAUGAUUGUGCAGCUGGCCAACUUGUCAGCAGCCAAUAUAGAUGUCACCAAGUAUUUAACCCUACAAUAUGACUUGCCAGCAACAGAAGAAAUAAGAAUAGCUAAAAUAACUUCAGGUUUCUCAAAUUUAACUAAACCUACAAUUUAAGUAUUACCAUUUUUUUUUAAAUAUUAAGGUUGUAAAAUGAGUUGUUCAUGAGACAAUUGGGGAAUAUCAUAAUUGUAUGAUUCUCAUUUUGCAUGCUUUUCUGCAAGUAUUUUGUUUUUCUCUCCAGGAUCUAGUUUUUAAAUUAUCAUACCAAUAAUGUUAUGUUUAAGUGCUUUUUUUUUAUAACAUUAUAUGCCCCCGACACUUAUUGUUACAAAAUAACAUUGACAUUUUCACAUUCACCAUCUAAGCAAGUAAUAAUACCAUAAAUGUUCAGACAUUUCUCUUGGUAAAUGCCAACUAUUGUAGGUUGUUUUAAUGUUUUUUUCCUUCUUUGUGUCAAUCCAGUGUUGCCAGAAUAUUUUUGAAUGUAUUGAGAUUUUUCUUUCUGUGAUAAUCUUGUUUUGUAUAACUAAGGUUAAGUCCUUUUGUCACUAAAAAAAAAUAAAAUAAUAUCAAAAUAAAAUACAAUUAUGUAAUUUUUUUUUUUUUUGGUUUUUAUUUCUGAAUGCAUUUCUAUGUUGUAAUAUGGGCAACGCCAAAACAAUUGUUCAAUCAUUUGAUAGAAACAAGAACAUGGUAAGUUCAUUGAGCAUAAACAAUCAGUUUAUGUCAACUAAUAAAGAAACAUCUUUUAGUUUAUAUUUACACAGCUAUGUACAUUCACUAUAUACACACAUGUGAUGACUAUAAACAAUGAUGAGGGAGGAACCAUAUACAUUUGUAUACAUUAAAAUAAUCAUCAAAAUAAUGCCACAUUAUUGUUUUCUUCCAAUUUUUUUUUGUUUUUACAUCAAAAUAAAAAUUCAUGACACUAAAUUCUGUAAAAAUGUAAUACUUUGUCCAAUUAAAAACAAACAAACUUUAAUACACAUAAAAAUAUUAAUAUCAGAACACCAGUUGGUGAAUACACAAGAGAAACAGUCCUGUGUAAAGCACAGAAACAAUGCAUUCAGUAUUUCAUUCACACUGUGGUUAUAGAAUGUACAUGAUGUAUCAGCUUAGUUGUAUAUACAUUUAGAGGUUCCCAACCCAAAGAUCUUCAGUGGCCCUUUAUUAUGAGUUAGAUUCCUAUAAUACAAAAUAUUUGGGUUUCUGGUAAAAAAAAUAAAAUAAUCCACAUGUAUGUGGGAGAUCUUACAAACAUACAUCUAUUUAACUACCUCAAGAAAAAAUGUUCAAUUUCAGUAUAAUUUAAUACUAAAUUUCAUGUAACUACUAAUAAAACUCAACAAAUAAAUAAGUAUCUUAAAAUGACACUAUAUUGUUGAGUGAUUCUGCAUAAUUAGAAGCAAUUAGCAGCAGAAUAUUGUUAAUAAACAAAUUAUCCCCUCCCCCCAAACCCAACCAAAAAAAAAAAAAACAUACAAA